AUGCAUUUCACGAAGCAAAUCGCGCUCACCGCUGGACUGGUGAGCUAUGUCUCUGCCCACGGUAUGGUCGUUUCGAUGAACGGAGCCAACGGUGUGACAAUGCCUGGUCUUACUGUCGCCGACGGCACUCCUCGUGACUGCUCCUCGAACGGCUGCGGUUCUCAAGCGGACACAGCGAUCAUCCGCGAUCGCGAAAUCCAGAGCGGCAAGUGCGGUCCCCUCGGCCGCACCCAGGGCAACGGCAACGUAGAUGCCGCCACCAUGAUUGCAGCUUUCAUGGGUUCUGGAAAUGUUCCCACAAACGCAGGAGCUGCCGCCAGCGUCGGCGUCGAGGACAACAUUGACAUCCCGAACCAGAGGCGCCAGCUCCUCGGUGGCCUUCUUGGUGGCAAAGGCAAGGGUGCCGGCGGAGGUGGUGCGACGGGCAUCGCUGGACUCCUGGGCGGUGGCGGCACCAAGGCUGAGGGCCCGCCAGAGGCUCGUGUUGCUGCUGCUGCCGGCCAGGGUGCGGUCAGCGGUAUGCCCACUGCUGGUGAUGAUGGCACUGUGGACAUGACAUUCCGUCAGAUCAACCAGGAUGGCGCUGGUCCUUUUGAGGCCGCCGUUGACGGCACAUCCGGAGGAACCGACCCGGCUGCAUUCCAGGACGCCCAAGUCACCCAGGAUGUCCCGGGACUUGGUGUUCAGGGCCUCUCCCUCGCGACUAGCACCGAGUUCCCCAUGCAGAUCCAGAUGCCGGCCGGCAUGACCUGCGACGCCACCGUCGCUGGCGUCCCCAACGUCUGCGUUGCACGUGUGCGCAACGGCGCGGGAGCCGGUCCUUUCGGUGGCUCAGUUGCUUUCACACAGACCCAGGCGGCGAGGAAGAGGGCUAUUGCAUACAGGUUGAAGAAGCGCAUGGAGAUUGGCAACAAGCACUAG